GCGCGAGGAAAACGUGGUUCGCGUCAUUGCGGUGAGUGCGCAAGUGCGGAGCGGGAGGAAGGGGGAGAGUGAACGAGAGAUCGUGGUGAACGAGGAGCAAGAUCUUUCCUUAUCUUUCCAUUUUCCGAGUGCGUGGGAGAAAAUCGUUCUCGAUCGAGAGAUGAGUUCCGACCUCGGGAAAGUCGUAUACCCGAUGCGACCGUUAACGACGCUACCGCCGAUAUCGCCGCAGGAGGUCAUGUACAAAAUGCAAAAUAUCCACGAGGUGAAGUUCUUGCCUAUAGACGAGCACCAACGUCGUCUCAUAGAAACCCUCGAUACCAAGAUGCCCGCCACGGAACUCGACAUCCCGGAGGAGAUUAUCCGUAUUCUGAAGUUACCUAUACCAGAAUACCAAGAUCUGGAGACUCGACAAAUCAAAGUUCUUACUCAACUGGAAGAUCUCAAGAAACAAGUCUGUACGUUGUCCCAAUUUUUGAAACAAUCAAAUAAAGCACCUAAAUUGAAUGAAAAUAAUGGAGUAGAAGCUACAACAGAUUGUGUACCAUCUCAGGAACCAAUCAACAUUAAAGUGGUGGUGCAUGCAGAUCCAAAUUAUGUACCAUAUUCAAUACUUGCUUUGCAGAAAAUUUGGACUGAUGUUGAUAUUAGGGUGACAUCAUAUAAACAUUCUUCUAUCAUGCCAAUACAACUUAUGGUUCCCUUCCGAAAAAUUAAUAAUUCUGCUGCAAAAACCAUUGUACAUUUGUCAUUGAUAUGGAAAGAAACUAAGGACUUGGAAGUUGUUACAGGCGUGGAGGGAUAUGCCAUAAGAGGUGAAAGCAAUUUCCUCAGAUAUUUGAGCAGGCAAAUAGAUACGCGCAACUAUGAGAAAAAAGAGUCGAAGCCACAUCUCUUGGACAUGGCACUCGAUUGGUGUUAUAAAACUUACGAACACCUUAAGACGGGAGGUACGUACAAAGAUGUGAAGUUUUAUGACGUAACCCGUUAUUUUCGGGAAUGGUACAAAACACCUGAACAUAACAUCGCGGAGAUCGCACUAUGGUCUUUGCUUAAACGGUUUCCUACAGAGGAAAUACCACCUGAGUUUAAACCAUGGUACAAAUCUUGCGAAAAGACUUUCAUGGAUAAAACUUAUGCAUGUGAAUGUACAGAUAAUACACUUAAUAAAUGAGCGAGAUAAAACAAUAUAAAUGCAUUUUUUGAUACAUAAGAAACAAUCUUGAAUAAAUUACUUUUUGCAUAAAAAUAAACAAAUCUUAAUUUAUAUUCAAAUAUAUCCAUCUAACAGGAAUUUUGUAUUGCUUGGCAAUAUAUAUUCAAAAAAUUAAUUUAAAAGAAAUAAAGAAUUACUAAAUAAUACAAAAUUAUAUAUAAAAACUUGUUAAAAUAUAUCGAUUUGUAUAACUAUUUGUGUAUAAUAAUUGUAGAGUAUGUGUAUGUGUAAUAAUAAAUUGGUUGGUCAUUGUUGAGUUCUUCCAAAA